AUGGGGGACUAUUAUCACCAUUUUCUCACCUCCAUGACGGGGGUGGCAGCCAGCCAAAGUACAAGCCCACAGGACAUACAUCCUCCCCAAUUUCCAGGUGCCCAAAUGCCGAUGAUGGGCGGUGCCAUGCCUGGGCCAUAUCCCAAUCUUGGAUACUUCACCGGCUUCCCUGACCCCGUUGGGCUUACUGCCCCCAAAUCCUCGAGGAACCGAAGAAAGUCGGCUUCAGGCUUAGAUCACGUCAAGCAUCGACGAACAAGAUCUGGUUGCUACAUGUGUAGAAGUAGGAGAGUGAAGUGCGAUGAAACUCGUCCAGUCUGCGAUAGAUGUCGGAAAGGUAGCCGUGAAUGUAUCUAUCCAGAGCCGCCAGCAACCAAGGGAUCUCCAGCCCAGGGAUCCUCGUCCAAAGAUGGGACUUCUACGCAACAGCAAGCCAGUCCAGAGUCUUCCAACGAUGCUGAAGACGGGGAGGACGACACAGAGCCUGCCGGUUUAGACACCAUUCUUGAUGAGGACGAAGGAGAGGAAGAGUCUUUUCAGAGACAGUUUUCUGGGCCGAGUAGAAGCAGCACAGCUUCUUCGUUCAACUUGCAACGUACGGGAGGCACACGGCACGGCUCCGAGACGCCGUCGCACGAGGGAACGAAGAGCGCCUCGCCUUCAACGUCUACUGCGAGUAGCCAAACGACAACCGCCUACACGAUGCCAGAUCUUGCAAUCUUGUCCCUGGGUGGUCACGCCGACUGGUCACAUUUACCCCCCGACCUCCGGCAGCAUCUGGAAUACUUUUGCGAGAACGUUACUCACUACCAUUACUGCAUGCUCACUGACGCACACGAGUUCUUUCGCGUGAUACUGCCGAAUUUUGCGUUGCAGAACGAGGCUCUGUUGUACGCGCUCGUGGGCUUCGCAGCUUACCAGCGUACAAUACAAGAUCUCAACGGCAAGAUGGAAGAGUUUCUGAAAUACUACAACAAGAGUGUUAUCCUGUUGCUCAACUCCCUGAAGAGGAAGGAAAAGCACAACGUUGCUAUGUUGUUGACUGUCCUUCAGCUUGCCACAAUCGAGGAGUACCUGGGCGACUGGAUCAACCUCAUGGGGCAUCAAAAGGCUGCAUUCGAGAUGCUAACACACUUGUUCACACCUCAGACGGCCACGCAGAGCCCCCUUGGCAGAAUGAUUGUCUCAUGGUAUGGACGUUUUGACAUCUUCAUCGCUAUGAUGGGCGGCUUCCCCACGAUGUUAGCCCCCGAGUGGUUCACAACGUUCGUAGAAUACUGCGACCAACAAGCCAUUUCGGAUGAAGCAGACAGUCUACACUGGAAAUUGGAAGCGGAGUCAGGUCGCCUGCGGGUGAUUUCGAGAGAAAUGUCGACCCUCUUCGCCCGAGGUAGCAGGGGCCAGAUAACACCGGAAGAUUUCGCGACAGAGCACGAACGACUGCAAAACUCGCUACAGGGCUGGAAAGACGGAUGGGACCACGCACUUACUGACCCUGCUUAUUUCGUCACGGACUUUAGCCACGCGAGCCCCUUGGGCGAUGACGAUAUCGUCGACCCGUUCAUCACAGGAGUCCUGUACGAUUUCCCGAUAUUCUCCACGACGCUGCUUACCAGCGAGUUCAACUCUACCAUGAUGAUGCACAAGUGUCAGUCUUCGACGACGCAGCGAGAGCACCUAUACGGCGAGCUCAGAGGCCACGCCUAUGCCAUCUGCCAAAUAUUUGAGGCUGUCGAGAGGUGGCCGUCAAGCCCGAGGGGUAGUUUGAUACUGAUCCAGGCCUGUAUUGCCCUAUCGGCGCUGUUCUUACCGCAGGAUGCCAAACAUCACAACUGGAUUCGGAAGAAAUUUGCUUUGCUAGAGACUAAGGGAUACAUACACCCGAUAUCACUCCGCGCCAAAAUGGCUGAAAUGUUCCACGAGCCCAGCUGCGUGCGCUGGUGGCUGCCCAACGACGAGGGCUACAGCCGGAUUCUGCAAGACGUACGGACCUUUGCCGAUGAACGCAACGCCAACGCCGCAUCCGCACAGGCGGAGAACCUUCGAGAAGUCAGACACAUUUUUGCAAAGAUGCAGAUGGCGGAGGAGAACACAACACGAGCUGCAUAG